UUAAAUCUAAUAUUAAAGUAAUCAUUGUCGUACAACCAAUCAUAUGAUAGAGAUAAUAAUGGAGUCAUGCAGUAGUAUAAGAGUCUUUGUUCAUAUAUUAACUCAGCCACUGAAGCAAGCACAAGAUCAAGAUUUCAAAAUGGAAGGUGAUAAGGCAGCACCAGUUUCUUCAACUAGCAGUCUGUGGUUAGCACCUAAUCCGAGCAAGAGAUGGGGCGAACUGUUCUUCCUCAUUUACACUCCCGUCUGGCUUACUCUUAUACUCGGGGUUAUUGUUCCCUACAAGCUCUACGAGGAUUUCAAGGAAUUGGAGUACCUAAUAGUUGGACUAGUCUCAGUGGUUCCUGCUUUUGUGAUACCACUGUUCGUUGUUGGAAAGGCCGAUAGCUAUAUUCCUUUGAAGGAUCGUUACUGGGUCAAGGCUAAUGUUUGGAUACUUAUCUUCAGCUACGUCGGAAACUAUUUCUGGACACAUUAUUUUUUCACCAUCUUAGGCGCGUCUUAUAGCUUCCCAUCAUGGAAGAUGAACAACGUACCUCACAUGACCUUUUUCCUGGCACAUGUGUGCUUCUUGUUCUACAAUGUUACAUCAAACUUCACUCUCCGCAGGCUACAAUAUGCAGUUGCUGGCUUGCCACAAAAAGUCCGGUGGGUCGCGAAGGCUGCAUGGAUUCUGGCCUCCUCUUAUUUCAUUGCAUACCUAGAGACGUUAGCUAUUUCAGAUUUCCCUUACUAUGAAUUCGCGGAUCGAGCUUCCAUGUACAAAAUUGGUUCAGCAUUUUAUGCAAUAGACUUUAUCAUAAGCUUCCCCAUGUUUUCGAGGAUUGACGAGAUACCUGGCGAUAACUGGGACUUGUCAAGAGUAGCUGUCGAUGCAUUAGGCGCUUCAAUGCUUGUCACAAUAAUACUUGACCUGUGGCGUAUUUUCCUAGGUCCAAUUGUUCAUGUUCCACAUACAAACCAAUGCCUCCAACCCGGACUACCUUGGUUUUCUGGACAUACUACAUAACAUUAUAUUUAAUUAAACGGUUUUUCUAUGGUGUGCCCAUGGGCACACACUAAGCACCAAAAUUGAUGAAUUUGGAUGGUUUCUAUUGGUUUAGCCUUUUUAAUAAUGGUAGACCCCCUGCAUUUACAACAACCACACCAAUCAAAACCCUCCAAUUCUAUAGUUUUUAGUGCUUCGCAUGUGCCCAUGGGCACACACUAGACAAACCGUUAAUUAAAUCACUCAUGUUGGUUGUUAAAAGUAGUAAAAAUGUAAAUUUUAUGUGUGUGUGUAUGUAUUCGAAAAAGAAAUAAGAAGAAAACAUCUUUGAU